AUGCACCUCGUUGUGAGAAACACAAUCUUGAUAGGACUUGCUGCGUUCGGCUAUGUCGCACUCUGGAAGUUUGCCAGCGAUAAUGGCACCUUCGCGUUAAUGCGAAAGUCGUCAUCACUGAAUCGUCUACCAGGAACCGGCGAAGGAUAUACCACUGAAUUUACAAGAUGGCGCUGGCUUGAUGAAUUCUUGCGAAGCUUGCUUACGCUUUUCUGGCCGAUGGUCAAUGGUACCCGUCCUGGCUCGUCGUUGAUGUGCUUCUACUUUGCUGGUCAAGGCAUUGUCGCAUGGAUUCUCACAGCUCUUGAAGGACAGCGCCGACUCAACAAGGACAAUUGGAGAGUAGUCUCACUGACUACCGCAUAUGGUCUGCUGUUUCAAGGUCUUGGUAUCGGAGUUGUAGGCCCAAUAUUUCUCGCCUUCUCUCCUCUGGGAGAUAUUUCCACAAGUUCUGUCUUGGUUCACCACAAGACAGAUGUAGAUGCCAUAAUCCCUGCAACGAUUGCUGGAAUCAUCGUUCCUACAAUUCUGAUGUCGCUUCAUGCCCCAACGGUUGUCUCACUGGAGCAAAAGAUUGAUCUCAUCCGUCUAUGGCAAUUCUUCCCGCUUUUGUUCCGCUUGGUUCAGCGUGUUUGGUCAAGCUUUUUCCUCGUGCAGCUCAAGACAUAUAGAGAUGAGCUUGCCGAGAAGAGUCCCCGAAAUCAACGACAAGCACUUCGCCGUGUCUACAUUUUUGGUCUUUGCUGUGCGGCAAUUCCUCACAUUGGCACAAUCGCCGUAUCAACAAUAAGCCUGUUGUUCCCUACCUUCUUUGCAAACGACAUCACGGCACAGUUCCACCCUGCUAAUCUUUUCAUUCCCGUUUCACCAUUGUCUGGGAAGCAGGCAGGUACGGUAGGCGAAGGUGCACACUGGUUUUUACAAUGGGACAUGACACUCAUGUUUCUCACAUAUCUGGUCUGGGCAUACCUCGCCGUUGUCAAAGUGGUCUAUUCUAAGUCAGGGGUGUUCUCGUCUUCGCUACUACUGCGUCUUGCUGGCCGCGCUUUACUCUUCGGUCCCAUGGGCGCUGCUUUGCUCGCGUUCUGGGAAAGAGAUGACAUUGUUUUGGAAGCCGAGGAGCAGAAGAUCAAGUCUCGCAAGGCGUCAGCCGCCGAUUUUGCUUCCCUACCUCAGGCUGCCAACAAAAGCAAUUGA